AUGAAAUGAAGAGGAAAGAAAGAGUUUUGAAACGAAGGGUUUAACUUUACGAGACCCCACGAGUGGCUUUGGGUCUGAGCAGAGAGAGAGAGAGAGAGGGUCCAAAUUUAAAAACUCUUUCUUUCUCUUCUUCUCUCUGUGUCUUUGUGUGUAUGGGGACGAUGGAGAAAGAGUUGGAACAAUGGGGCUCAUCAUUCAUCAUCCCAAACCAUUCCAUUCCAUUGCCUUCAAACAAAAAUUAAAAACAAAAAAAUAAAAAAAAAAAACACACACACACACAAGUAAACCUGCUCAGACCCUUCCCCACCAAAACCAAAUGGAACUAUCAGAUUUGCAAAACAACAACCAAAGCAACACCAACACAAAAACAAACACACAAAGUGCUGUUGCUUCUGCUGCUGCUGCUGUUGUUGGAAAACACCAUAAUCACCAACAAUCCUCUUCUUCACAUCUCCCAUCCCACUUCAUCUCUUCCACAAACUCUUCCUCUUCUUCUUCUUCUUCUUCUUCUUCCAAUUCUUCCUCCUCCGCCUCAGCUUCUUCCCACAUCAUCGAUGCCUCCCUGGCCAUCGCCACCAGAUCUGAUGAUUCCGCCAACAAGACCCAACAACUCCCCGCCACCGUCGCCGCGCCCUCCCCCGCCGCCAACCCCCCCAAGCGAUCCACCAAGGACAGGCAUACCAAGGUUGACGGCCGCGGCCGCAGAAUCCGAAUGCCCGCCACCUGUGCUGCUAGGGUUUUCCAGUUGACCAGGGAAUUGGGUCACAAGUCCGACGGAGAGACCAUCGAGUGGCUCCUCCAGCAGGCCGAGCCCGCCAUCAUCGCCGCCACCGGGACCGGCACCAUCCCCGCUAAUUUCUCCACACUCAACGUCUCCUUCCGCAGCAGCGGCUCCACGCUCUCGGCACCGCCCUCCAAGUCCGCCCCGCACACCUUUCACGGCGCGCUCGCACUCGCUCACCACCCUUACGAGGAAGCCUUUCAGCACACCGCUUUACUUGGCUUCCACCCUCACGCUCACGCUCACCAGCAGCACCAACAGCAGCACCAGCAGCACCAGCAGCAACAACUUCUUUCCGCCGAUCAAAUCGCGGAAGCGCUUCCCAGCGGCGGCGGGGACUCCGGCGACAGCUAUCUCAGGAAACGCUACCGAGAAGAUCUGUUCAAAGACGAUAACAUUAACACCCAAUCACAGAACGAGAGCGGUGACGGUUCUUCGCCUAAAACCCCGAACCUACAGCUACCGAAGCAGCAGCAGCAGCCCCAGCAGCAAAACGAAGCUGGUUCUGGGCUUCUCAGGCCCACGAAUUUGCUACCCGCCACAGCGAUGUGGGCCGUGGCGCCCGCUCCCGCGAGUGGCCCUCCGGGCAGCACGAUUUGGAUGCUUCCGGUAACCGCGGCUUCUUCCGGUUCUGCUGCAGCUGCCGCUUCAGCUUCUGCUUCUUCUGGUGGUGGCGGUGGCGGUGGCGGAUCCUCUGCGGGUUCGGAGAGUCAGAUGUGGCCUUUUCCUCAGAGUGGUUUCAUGCCAAGAUUCAAUCUUCCGAGUGCGCUUGAAUUCCAAGGCGCACGUGCGGGUUCUCUGCAAUUGGGGUCAAUGUUAAUGCCGCAGCAACCCUCUCAACAUCUGGGUCUCGCCAUGUCCGACUCCAACUUCGGCAUGUUAGCUGCCCUUAAUGCUUACUCUAGACCUGGUUUCAAUAUUAAUUCAGACAAUCAUCAUCCUCAUCACCAUCACCACCAUCACCAUCACCAUCCCUUGGAGCAUCAGCAUCAACAUCAACAUCAACCUCAACCCAGUGAGAGUGGAGAAGAUGCUCCUAAUAGCUCCCAAUGAACUCUCAAAUUGAUUGGAAGUUGAGUUGAAUGAAUUUGUGAUAAGUGAGUGCUUUUGAAAAAUCCAUGGAUGGAUGCAUGCUUGCUCAUGCUCAUCACAGUUGAGUAGAUAAUUAGAUGUCGUUCUUAUUAUGCUUUUUUUUAUUAUUAUUAUUUACAUUUUUUGCCCUUCUUUUCCUUGGGGAAGUGCAUUUUCUUUAGCUUGAUUUGGAGAUCUUGGUGUUUGGUUUUGGUCCAAAGGGACUUAGGAGACAGAGAGAGUUUGUAUAGAAGGAAAUUUGUCUUGCUAUUUUUAUUUACUUUAUUUGCUUCUUCUCUUUUCUUUCUAUGUAUGACAUCAUGAAGAAAAAAAUUAAAACAAAGGAAUUUAAAUGGAAAGAUUUGAUUGCCUUCCUUCCA